AGUGAGGAGGGUGAGAGCGGUGAGGAAGGUGAGGAGGGUGAGAGGAGUGAGGAGGGUGAAAAGAGUGAGGAGGGUGAGAGCGGUAAGGAAGGUGAGGAGGGUAAGAGGAGCGAGGAGGGUCAGAGGAGUGAGGAGGGUGAGAGCGGUGAGGAAGGUGAGGAGAGUAAGAGGUGUGAGGAGGGUGAGAGGAGAGAGGAGGGUGAGGAAGACUUGCUCUCGAGGACCGAUGUAUUGAUACCUGUUGUGUUAGAAGAAGAUCCACCACUGAAACAGGCAGCUGGAAUUGAAGAACUUGAAAAAGAGCUAGAACUGUCUGUAUUUUUCAAAGCCAAUGAUUAUUCAGUUAAGCUCAGUAACAGACUCUUCUCAGGUUAG